CACCACUGCCCCCAUCCAAACAAGUUCUUUAUUUUUGAAGUUAGGGUUUUUCACUCCCUCUCUCGGCAACCAAAAAAGACGUUGAAGGAGAGAAGAGGUUAAUCUGCAGAACCACAAUGACAACCGUCGUCCCCACCUCCGAAGAGGAUCCAGCCCUCUCCGUCGUCCGUUUCACCUCCGAACUCGCCUGGUCCGACGCCGGUCCCGAGGUUAUGGAGCAACAAGUGAGUAGGCUGUGUGUGGAAGCGCAGGAAUGUAUGGUGAUGAAUAGGUGGUUGGAUUUGACUUCUUUAAUGUUAACUUCUGCUGACAUUGUUUUCUCAAACUCCAAGGUCUCUGAGAAAGAUCUUGAGUGUAUCUUCACUGUCAUUUGCAAUCUCGUCACCAAGUCUAGAAGUCCAGAUGAAGAACUUGAGAUGGAAAAACUUAUAUGCGCAAAAAUUAUUCAACAACCAAGUGACAAGCCUGCAUUGCGCCUAAAGAUCUUGUUCAAUCUGUAUAACCUACUGGAUAAUGCAUACUGCCGGUUCUAUGUUUUCAUGAAGGCCCUAAAUUUGGCCGUGAGUGGAAAAGUCACUGAACAUGUCAUUCCUUCUUUCAAAAAGAUUGAUAGCUUCUUGAAAGAAUGGAAUCUUGAAGUCCAAGAUCAGAGAGAGCUUUUUCUCAGUGUUGCUAAUGCACUAAAAGAUAGUAAGAGCUCUGCAAAGGAUUCUUUCAAAUUCUUGACCAAGUAUUUAGCAACUUUCUCCGACGAGGACACAUAUAAAAUGGGUGAAGCCAAGGAGGAAGCUGCACGUACAAUUAUUGAAUUUGUCAAGGCACCAGACAUGUUUCAGUGUGAUCUUCUAGAUAUGCCUGCUGUAGGGCAAUUGGAAAAGGAUGCUAAAUAUGCAUUGGUAUAUCAGCUACUAAAGAUCUUCCUGACUCAAAGACUGGAUGCUUAUUUGGAGUUUCAAGCUGCGAAUUCUGCUCUACUGAAAAGCUAUGGUCUUGUUCAUGAAGAUUGUAUAGCGAAGAUGCGGUUGAUGUCUUUGGUGGAUCUUGCAUCACAUGAAUCUGGUCGAAUUCCAUAUGCCCUCAUCAAAGAUACUCUUCGGAUUGAUAAUGAUGAGGUGGAAUUAUGGGUAGUCAAGGCAUUAACUACCAAGUUAAUUGACUGUAAAAUGGACCAGUUGAAUCAAGUUGUGCUUGUGAGUUCUUGUACCGAGCGUGUAUUUGGGCUGCGACAGUGGCAGGCGCUAAGGACAAAGCUUGGUACAUGGAGGGGUAAUAUUGAGAGUGUCAUCAACACCAUCCAAGCUAACAAGAUCACUGAAGAUAGUUCACAGGCAGUGCAGGGAAUGAUGAUUCGUUAGGGGUCAUUUAGUUAAAAGGUCAAUCUCUAACUGGAGAUGGAUCUGAAUUUGUUGUGGGCUGGAAUACACUACUUUUGGUUGCCAUUCACUUCAGUUGAAAAUUGAUAGUGUAUUUGGAAAUUUUUUGAGAGAUGAGCUCUUUUAGUUGUUCCAACAUUUACCAUGCGAGGAUGGAUUGGAUUUAUCAUGUACAAAUUCAAUGUCUACUUUCUUUUUUGUGACAA